AUGGCAGCAAGAGCGCGGGCCUUCAAGGUGGCGUUCAAGUGCACCGGCUGCGGGCGCUGCUGCACCGGCCAAGGUGGCAUCGCCUGGGUCAAUGGCCGCGAGAUCGCAGCUAUGGCCGAGCACCUUGCUCUGCCCAAAGCCACGUUCGCCAAGCAGUACUUACGCACGGUAAAUGGCGCGACGGCCUUGCGCCAGACGGACGACGACCGCCAGUGCAUCUUCCUCGACGGCAAGCAGUGCAGCGUGUACCCGGCUCGGCCGACGCAGUGUCGGACGUACCCGUUCUGGCCGCAACAGCUCAUCUCCAAGUACGACUGGACGCUGGCCGCCAAGGAGUGCGAAGGCAUCCUUCUGGACGCACCGCCGCCCGAGACCAUCACGCCCGACGCGCACAUCCUCAAGGAAGUUGUGAUUCAUGAGGUGCACCGAUCGGGCGAGGAACUGACGUACGACGACAUCAACGACCUUGUCUCGGAGCUCGAGCCCGAGAUGCUCGACGCCUUCCAAGAGGAGGUCGAUGCCAAGUACCAGCGCUCGAUCCUGCACGAAGACGACGACAUUCUGGUCAUGGACAGCUUCCUCGAUGGCCUGCCACCGACGCGGUCGCUGCAUUUUGUCGACCGCCUCGAGCUCGUCCAGAGCGAAGUCUUGCUGAACGAGGACGGCUCUAUCAACGACACUGAGCUCGCCCUCGACGUGCACAAGGGGCUCUGCGUCGGCCUGACGCUGCUGCGAACAGAGCGCCUGCACAACCUCCGCAUUGGCCUGCUCGGCGCGGGGCGCGGGGGGUCCUUCCGGACCUUUCUCACAAGCACUUGCGCGGCGAG